CUGACGUACAUCAUGACAUCAAUCCAACAAGGAUCCUUCGGAAAGGAGACGUCAAGGUGUUUGUUUGUUGUUCGAAAGAAGAGGACGAAUUCGAAGGAGCUUCCAAGUGAGAAAAAGAUUCAUCGAUCCUUACCCACAUCAUCACAACUUUUACAAAGCUUCAGUUGUACCGGUACGUGUCUCGGUAUCUGCUAGAACCUUUGGGUUUUGAAGAAAAGGAAGAAAAGUCUAAAGGAUAGGUAUCAUCAUCAUCUGAGAAAGAAGGAAAGAAAGAAGGAAUGGAGAGCAAAGGUGCCAUUAUGGACGUGGUGACAAACCUGUUGAACGGUCAAGGCAAUAAGGAUGUGGUCACCAUUGCCUUGACAGCUGUUGGUGGUCUUCUGGUGGGAGGCUUUAUCUCUUACAAGGCUUUGGACAUGUGGGCCAAGGCUGAGUACGAGCGCUUACUCAAUAACCCAAAGACUGAGUGUGACAUUGACGCCCACGUAGGGGCUCCCAAACAGAAUCCCGUCUCGGCACUCAAGGUCGUUGUCGCGCAAAAGGCCCAGUUGGGUGGUCGCCAGGCAUCCUUGGAAGCAAUUCCAUUGGAAUGUUUCCCCAGUCCCUACAUUUCCGGCUUGAAUGUCACUCGUAGAGAAGGCGGCGAGGCUCCCUCGGCAGCGGGAGGAAAACCAGUCGAUCCAAAGGACGUGCAAAAAUUGCAAGACUUUUUGAAAUCGGCCAGUGACAGUGGCAAGAAACCCAUUGUCGUCGCUACCAUUCGAAUGGGAUUUGGUCAUCAUCGAUUGGCGUACUCCACCGUAUCGUGGGCACUAGGGCAGGGAUACCCCACCAUCUUUCAUGACCUGCUCAAUAUUUCGUCCGAUGAAGCCGAUUUAUUGGCGUCCACCGAUGACUUGUACUCCAAGCUUUCUCGCCUCUCCUCGGAAAUGGGCGGCAUUAUUGAAACAAUGCUGGGAACUCUGCUCUUGCAGGGAGAUGCCGAUGCCCUUCGCGUCGCUAAUCUCACUGCCGCUCACCUACAACCCCUCUUGCUCGCUUAUCCCAAAGAUAUCCCGAUCAUCACCACUCAUCAAGUCGUUGCAUUGGCUGCCGUCGCGGCCGGAUUCAAGAAUGUCGUCAACUUGGUCGUGGACAACUACCCACAGUGGUUCUUGACCGUACCCAAAACCAAGAAUAUGAUGCAGGGACCUGUCAAUUAUCAAUCCUUCCUACGCAUGGGAAUCAAACACCAAGAAGUCGUAUACGCAGGACACUGGUGUCCCAAGGAAAUGGUGGACAACAUUGACGUCGAUUGCCAACGUAGAAUUGCUCGGGCCAAAAAGGGAUUUGGUGACAAUGGUGGCAAAGUUCAACCUCGUCGCGUCCUCAUCCCCGUCGGAGGAGCCGGAGCACAAAAGACAUACAUUUCCAACUUUUUGAGAAAUGUCGCCGAUCUGGUCACUGGUGGAAAGCUACAGCUCUUUUUGAAUGCCGGUGAUCACAAACACAUGAAGGCAUCCUUCACGGAAGUACUGGCAGAACUCAAACUGGACUAUGAUAUCGUGGAUUCCAUGGAUGAUUUGACUAAAUUUCAAGAGAAUUUGCUCGCGAGCGAAACCAACGAACCGAAAAAAGCCAUUACCCUCUUUGCCUAUGAGGAAUACAUCCCCGCCGUGGUUACCACCGAUAUCUUGUGCCGUGUCUCGGAUGUCCUCGCAUGUAAACCAUCGGAAAUGGCCUUUUACUGUGUCCCCAAGCUCAUGCUCCGUCGUGUGGGAGAACACGAAGCCUUUUCCGCCAAACGAGCCAGCGAAUUGGGAGAUGGAACGGUCGAAGCCAGAGAGGUAUCCGAUGCUCGUGAAUUCCUUGAUCUCUUCUUGGCCAGUCCCGAUGUAUUGGUGCAAAUGAAUGACUGUAUCAUGAAGAACAACCAGAUUGGAAUUUACAGUGGCUGCAAGGUGGCCGUCGAGACGGUCGUGCAAAUGGCAAGUUAAGGAAACCAAUCUGUGUUCCUUGGAAGAAAGAAAGAAAAGCACGCAACAACACACAAUCGCUCGGUUACAAUGCAUCUUUGAAAAAAGCACUAUCCCCACAACUGAGCAACCCCAACAAUACACACAAACUAAUCUAUGUUACAGGACUUUUUGCUAUAAGAAAUUAAAAGGAUUCAGCCUUGGUUCGCU